GGUCUGCUGUCGUUCCUGAGUGCUCCUCUGAUUGGAGCGUUGUCAGACGUAUGGGGGAGGAAGUCAUUUCUACUCUCUAGUAACACCUCUAAGAUAACACACACUUCACUCUACUUACUACAUCUUGAUGGGCUGUGAUUGUACAGAGCCGGAUUAAGCCUACUCAUGGAAUAAAAAGCAUUGUCAGCUUCAAGUGUUUAGAGACAUCAACGUGUUUUAAGUUCAGGAGUAGGCUAUGCAGCGGGCCCUAUAUCUCUGCCGUUUUGCUGUGGUUCAACCAAUGUUAAAGUGGACCAUCACUGUAGUGGUUUCCACAGUCACGAUAGAGCUUUACAGACUUGCUAACAUUCCUCCUCUCUCCUCCCUCCAUUAUCUUCCUUCCUGUCUUACAUCCUAUCUCCUCCUCUCUCCUCUUCUCCUCUCUCCUCCUCUCUCCAGGUGGUACUUUGCAGUCAUUUCCAUGUCCGGUGUGUUUGCCGUCACCUUCUCUGUGAUCUUUGCAUACGUGGCAGACAUCACAGCAGAACACGAGAGGAGCACAGCCUAAGGUUUGGUGAGGAGUGAUACUGAAUGACUAGAUUUUUAUGAUAACCCCGAUGGACAAUCUAUCAAAGUGUUAUUUUUGCUGUCAUAUAUUCUGGUAUUGUUAGAAUGACACCAGGUCUCCCUCUUCUCAUUUCCAUCUCUUCCUCACCCCCACCAUUCCCCUCCUCUUCACCCACUUUCUUUCCCUUUUCUCCCCUUCCAGGUGUCAGUCACGUUUGCAGCCAGCCUGGUGACCAGCCCAGCCAUCAGAGCGUACCUGUCUGUGACGUAUGGUGACACCUUGGUAGUGAUCCUGGCUACGGCCAUCGCCCUGCUGGGCAUCUGUUUCAUCCUUGUGGCUGUCCCUGAGUCACUGCCUGAGAAGAUGAGACCGGCCUCCUGGGGGGCACCCAUAUCCUGGGAGCAGGCUGACCCCUUCGCUGUGAGUACUAUACUGUACUAAACACAAAUAUACACUGAACAAAAAUAUAAAUGCAACAUGUAAAGUGUGGGUCCCAAGUUUCAUGAGCUGAAAUAAAAUAUCCCAGAAAUGAGCCAAGUAAAGCCCCCCCGGCCAAACCCUCCCCUAACCCGGACGACGCUGGGCCAAUUGUGCGUCGCGCUAUGGAACUCCCGAUCACGGCCGGUUGUGAAACAGCCUGGGAUUGAACCUAGGUCUGUAGUGACGCCUCUAGCACUGCGAUGCAGGGCCUUAGACCGCUGCGCCACUCAGGAGGCCAGAUGUCUCAAGUUUUGAGGGAGCAUGCAGUUGGCAUGCUGACUGCAGGAAUGUCCACCAGAGCUGUAGCCAGAGAAUUGAAUGUUCACUUCUCUUUGAUAAGCCGCUUCCAACGUCGUUUUAGAGAAUUUGGUAGUAUGUCCAACCGGCCUCAUAUCCGCUGACCACCUGUAUGGUGUCGUGUUGGCGAGUGGUUUGCUAAUGUAAACGUUUUGAACAGAGUACCCCAUGGUGGCGGUGGGGUUAUGGUAUGGGCAGGCAUAAGCUACGGACAGCGAACACAAUUGCAUUUUAUCGAUGGCAAUUUGAAUGCACAGAUGAGAUCCUGAGGCCCAUUGUCGUGCCAUUCAUCCACUGCCAUCACCUCAUGUUUCAGCAUGAUAAUGCAUGGCCCCAUGUCGCAAGGAUCUGUACACAAUUCCUGGAAGCUGAAAAUGUCCCAGUUCUUCCAUGGUGUUACGGAUACAGGUAUCCUGUGUCUUUUUGUGUUUUUCCUCUCCUUCUGCCCUAAUCACAGGUGUCCUUUAUGUUCCUGAUUGCUGGUCGUUGGGGUGUCUGCUGAUUGCUGAGGUGGACCAAUAAGUGGACAUUCCUCUGCAUUGCACCACCUGUUUCUGGUUUUUCAAUCACACAUCCCAUUGUUUAAAAUCAGGUCAGUUGUGUUUGUUGUGAGAGACUAUUUCCGUAUGUGAGUAUGGAUACUGUGGUGUCCUGUGUUUUGUUUACUCACUAAGUUGCUGGUUACUCUGUUUGGUAAUUUGGUUAGAGACUAAUUUCUGUAUGUGAGUAUGGAUACUGUGGUGUCCUGUGUAUUGUGUACUCACUAAGUUGCUGGUUACUCUGUUUGGUAACUUUGUUAGAGACUAUAUUCCGUAUGUGAGUAUGGAUACUGUGGUGUCUUGUGUUUUGUGUCCUCACUCAUUUGCUGGUUACUCUGUUUGGUAACUUUGUGUUUCUGGGAAAAGGGGAAUUUAAGCAAGUUGCCCUUGGGCGUACAUUACCCAUGGGAAGAAAACUGUCUAAAAACACUAGUUAGACCUGAGCGGACCACCCACUGUAUAUUUGUAUGAUUAGCAGUAGCUUAGCGGUUCUUGAGGCAGGCAAGAUCAGUUUAGGGUUUUUUUACACUAUUGUUUCAUUUCUUGGGUCCUGCUCAGCCCUUUUUCCCAAACCUUUACCGUGUGUUCAAAAAUAAACCUUUUAUGUUUGACGGUAGUUUAUGGUUGUCGUAGUUUUUGUUCUCACUGUUCCAUGUCACGCUUAUAAUUUGCAUGAAUUAUGUUACGGGUCUCAUGUCCAUCCACCCUAGACGUUUAAAGCCACGGGGUUCGUAACACAUGGCCUGCAGAGUCACCAGACAUGUCACCCAUUGAGCAUGUUUAGGAUGCUCUGGAUCGGCGUGUAUGACAGCAUGUUCCAUUUCCCGCCAAUAUCCAGCAACUUUCCAACAAGUCAGUUUGUGAAAUUUCUGCCCUGCUAGAGCUGCCCCAGGCCAAAUGUAAGUGCUGUUAUUGUGAAGUGAAAACAUCUAGGAACAACAACGUCUCAGCCGCGAAGUAGUAGGCCACACAAGCUCACAGAAUGGGACCGCCAAGCGCGUAGCACUUAAAAAUCUGUCGGUCCUCGGUUGAAACACUCACCACAGAGUUCCAAACUGCCUCUGGAAGCAACGUCAGCACAAUAACUGUUUGUUGGGAGCUUCGUGAAAUGGGUUUCCUUGGCCCGAGCAGCCACACACAAGCCUAAGAUCACCAUGUGCAAUGCCAAGCAUUGGCUGAAGUGGUAUGAAGCUCGGCGCCAUUGGACUCUGGAGCAGUGCAAACGCGUUCUCUGGAGUGAUGAAUCACGCUUCACCAUCUGGCAGUCCGACCAACGAAUCUGGGUUUGGCGGAUGCCAGGAGAACACUACCUGCCCGAAUGCUUAGUGCCAACUGUCAAGUUUGGUGGAGGAGGAAUAAUGGUCUGGUGCUGUUUUUCAUGGUUUGGGCUACAGUGAGGGAAAAAAGUAUUUGAUCCCCUGCUGAUUUUGUACGUUUGCCCACUGACAAAGACAUGAUCAGUCUAUAAUUUUAAUGGUAGAUUUAUUUGAACAGUGAGAGACAGAAUAACAACAAAAAUAUCCAGAAAAACGCAUGUCAAAAAUGUUAUAAAUUGAUUUGCAUUUUAAUGAGGGAAAUAAGUAUUUGACCCCUCUGCAAAACAUGACUUAGUACUUGGUGGCAAAACCCUUGUUGGCAAUCACAGAGGUCAGACGUUUCUUGUAGAUGGCCACCAGGUUUGCACACAUCUCAGGAGGGAUUUUGUUCCACUCCUCUUUGCAGAUCUUCUCCAAGUCAUUAAGGUUUCGAGGCUGACGUUUGGCAACUCGAACCUUCAGCUCCCUCCACAGAUUUUCUAUGGGAUUAAGGUCUGGAGACUGGCUAGGCCACUCCAGGACCUUAAUGUGCUUCUUCUUGAGCCACUCCUUUGUUGCCUUGGCUGUGUGUUUUGGGUCAUUGUCAUGCUGGAAUACCCAUCCACGACCCAUUUUCAAUGCCCUGGCUGAGGGAAGGAGGGUCUCACCCAAGAUUUUACGGUACAUGGCCCCGUCCAUCGUCCCUUUGAUGCGGUGAAGUUGUCCUGUCCCCUUAGUAGAAAAACACCCCCAAAGCAUAAUGUUUCCACCUCCAUGUUUGACGGUGGGGAUGGUGUUCUUGGGGUCAUAGGCAGCAUUCCUCCUCCUCCAAACACGGCGAGUUGAGUUGAUGCCAAAGAGCUCGAUUUUGGUCUCAUCUGACCACAACACUGUUCAUUGGCAAACUUCAGAUGGCCCUGUAUAUGUGCAUUCUUGAGCAGGGGGACCUUGCGGGCGCUGCAGUUUUUCAGUCCUUCACGGCGUAGUGUGUUACCAAUUGUUUUCUUGGUGACUAUGGUCCCAGCUGCCUUGAGAUCAUUGACAAGAUCCUCCCGUGUAGUUCUGGGCUGAUUCCUCACCGUUCUCAUGAUCAUUGCAACUCCACGAGGUGAGAUCUUGCAUGGAGCCCCAGGCCGAGGGAGAUUGACUGUUAUUUUGUGUUUCUUCCAUUUGCGAAUAAUCGCACCAACUGUUGUCACCUUCUCACCAAGCUGCUUGGCGAUGGUCUUGUAGCCCAUUCCAGCCUUGUGUAGGUCUACAAUCCUGUCCCUGACAUCCUUGGAGAGCUCUUUGGUCUUGGCCAUGGUGGAGAGUUUGGAAUCUGAUUGAUUGCUUCUGUGGACAGGUGUCUUUUAUACAGGUAACAAGCUGAGAUUAGGAGCACUCCCUUUAAGAGUGUGCUCCUAAUCUCAGCUCGUUACCUGUAUAAAAGACACCUGGGAGCCAGAAAUCUUUCUGAUUGAGAGGGGGUCAAAUACUUAUUUCCCUCAUUAAAAUGCAAAUCAAUUUAUAACAUUUUUGACAUGCGUUUUUCUGGAUCUUUUUGUUUUUAUUCUGUCUCUCACUGUUCAAAUAAACCUACCAUUAAAAUUAUAGACUGAUCAUUUCUUUGUCAGUGGGCAAACGUACAAAAUCAGCAGGGGAUCAAAUACUUUUUUCCCUCACUGUUUGCCCCUUAGUUCCAGUGAAGGGAAAUCUUAAGGCUACAGCAUACAAUGACAUUCUAGAUUCUGUGCUUCCAACUUUGUGGCAACAGUUUGGUGAAGGCCCUUUCCUGUUUCAGCUUGACAAAGCGAGGUCCAUACAGAAAUGGUUUGUCGAGACCGGUGUGGAAGAACUUGACUGGCCUGCACUUAGCCCUGACCUCAACCCCAUCGAACACCUUUGAGAUUAAUUGGAAUGCCAACUGCGAGCCAGGCCUAAUCGCCCAAUGUCAGUGCCCGACCUCCCUAAUGCUCUUGUGGCUGAUUGUAAGCAAGUCCCUGCAGCAAUGUUCCAACAUCUAGUGGAAAGCCUUCCUAGAAGAGUAGAGGCUGUUAUAGCAGCAAAGGGGGAACCAACUCCAUUUUAAUGCCCAUGAUUUUGGAAUGAGAUGUUCGACAAGCAGGUGUCCACAUACUUUUGGUCAUGUAGUGUAUUGGUGACCGACAGAUGCAUAUCUGUAUUCCCAGUCAUGUGAAAUCCAUAGAUUAGGGCCUAAUGAAUUCAUUUCAAUUGACUGAUUUCAUUAUAUGAACUGUAACACAGUAAAAUCUUUGAAAUUGUUACAUGUUGCAUUUAUAUUUUUGUUCAGUAUAUUAUAGUACUGUCCUAUACUACCUCCUGGGGAGCACCCAUAUCCUGGGAGCAGGCUGACCCCUUCACUGUGAGUACUAUACUAGGGCUAUACAAGCUAUACUGUAGUACUAUAACUGACUUUACUAUAUUAUACUACUGUACUUGACCUCCUGGGGAGCUCUUAUCUCCUUUUGAGCAGGUAGACCCGUUCGCAUUCAGUACUGUAGUACUGACCUGUAGUAUACUAUAAUGUACUAUUAGAUACUAUUAUGCCUGAGGGGAGCCCCCAUCUCUUGGGAACAGGACAACCAAUCUGUGUUUGUGUGGCAAUAAAAUGAAUGUGAAUCUAAUGUGUUGUGUUUCUCGUCUCUCUCAUCUCCCCUCCAGUGUUUGCGUAAGGUGUGCCAGGACAGUGCUUCUCAUCUGCAUCACAGUGUUCCUGUCUUACCUGCCAGAGGCAGGACAGUACUCCAGCUUCUUCCUCUAUCUCAGACAGGAACUGAUGAUCCCAAAUACACCCUACCCCCUAACCUCAUCCCCUAACCCUUUACCUCCCUGAGGCCGAACAGUACUCUAGCUUCUUCCUCUAACCCCCUAGCCUCAACCCCUAACCCCCCAGUGCUUGACUUGGGCAAGAGCUCAUCGGAGCUGAGUACCGGCCCCUCAAAUGUUUUACUGCUUGAGCUCCUGUUCCUCUAAUAGAAUAUUAGCUCAAAAGUAUCGUAGAGCUCCUGCGCCUAAAUAUAAACAGUACCGGCACCCAAAAUGAGUACCGGCACCUAUUUCAGUCCAAGUCAAGCACUGCUAACCCCUACCCCUUAGGCACUUCCUCCUAGAGGUAGACAGGGACUGACCAGAACCAAACCAACCCCUAGUCUCAACCCUACCCCCUAUAUUUCUGUAACCAGUGGAAAAGUUGUAAACAGCAGUAUGUUGCAUGCACAGUGUCAGCAGGUGUUUUGAAUAGCAUAUUUUGGUGAGUAGAUUCAGUGAUGCAUUAGCACAUUUAUAGUUGAGAGAAAUCUUGCGCUUUCACCCACAAAAGUUCAGUGUAGAAAAAUACUGCAAUGUAGUCAUAUCUGUAAAUUAACUGACUGGGGGACUUUGUUGGAAGGCCUCUGAGUAAACCAAACUCCUUUUUCAAACUUAACCUCCUCAGAAUGUGGCCUAUGUGCUGAGAAUGAACAUUUUUGGUUAUUUUUUAAACAACGAAGUGACCAACGUUGGUUCAAUAAUUAGAAUUCCAUUUAAUUCUGUUUUUCGUUCUGUUUUUCUCUGUGAGCUCAAUGCGCACAUGUAGUAGGGAGUUGUAGUUUCCAACAGGCCGAUAUUCUACAUAGUUUAGCACAUAAAACGUAGUAAUUAACUACAAUGACCAUAAUCCAUUGAGCAUCUACUUGUCCGGUCUGUAUUUCUUUUACGCCUGCUACAGAAGAGAGAAGAAUGCGCAAUCGUAAUAGAGAGCAACUGUUGCUUCGCUAGGUAUCUCUACCUGAAAAUAUAUGAUCAGAGUGAUUGAUAGUUGGUAUUCAGCAGUCAUAAAAGUAUGGCUUAUUUACUUUGAAGAACUACAAAAUAGUGAUUUUGUCAGACAGCAUAGGCAGCAGCUCUAUAGAGAUGAGAUCACUUUGAAUGAAAUAAUAAAGUCAUCAAAUAAAACAACUGAAAUAUUUUAUUAAAGUAAUGUGAAUAAUCAUCAUGGGACUUUUAUUAAUUAUUUUAUUCUGUGUUAUAGCAUUCAACCCACAUAAUGCAUAGUGCUUUUAAUGUAAAUACAUCGAAAUCGAAAAACAAGAUUUUUUUUAUAAGCAAAUCGAAACCGAACCGACCUCAAAGCACUAAUCGCUCAGCACUACUGUUUACAAGCAGAAGCUCAAACAGGACGUACCAGUGACUCGCUCCAUUGAGAAAUGGUAAUCAGAAUCAGAGAUUAUGCCACAGGACAUCUUUGUUAGCGCUGAUUGGAAUAUGUUUCGGGACUCCGCCGAUAACAUCGACGAGCUAAGAACCUCCGUCACCAGCUUCGUUAGGAAAUGCAUCAGCAACGUUGUCCCCACAGUGAAGUUUCGCUGCUUCCCCAAUCAAAAGCCCUGGAUUAACACAGAGGUUGGUGCUAAACUAAAGGACAGGGCUAUCGCAGACAACCCUGAGGUUACGACUGAGGACAGGAACAAGUAUAAGAAGUCCCGCUACGACCUCCACACAGUCAUCAAACGAGCAAAAGGACAAUAUAGGAAUAAGGUGGAAUCAUAUUACACAGGCUCCGACGCCCGCCACAUGUAACAGGGGCUUCAGUCCAUUAUGGAUUGCAAAGGAAGACCCAGCUGUGAUCUGCCCAACGAUGCUAAUCCACCAGACGAACUCAAUGCAUUAUAUGCACGCUUCGACAAUAAAAACGAUGUGCGUGAGGGCCACCACCGACCCAGAGGACUGGAUGUUCUCGCUCUCCGAGGUCGACGUGAGUGAAUUCUUUAAUCAGGUCAACACUCUCAAGGCGGGGGGCCGGACGGUAAUCUAGGGCGCGUUCUCAGAGCAUGAGCAGAACAGCUGGCAGGUCAUUUUCAACCUCUCCUUGUCCCAGUCUGUAAUCCCCACAUGUCUUAAACUGACCAACAUCAUUCCUGUUCCCAAGAACUCUAAGGCUUCAUGGCACAAUGACUGCCGCACUGUAUCACUCACAUCACAAAUCAUGAAGUGCUUUACCGCCCCAACAGAUCCAUAGACGCAAUCUUAAUUGCACUCCACACUGCCUUCACCCACCUAAAUAAGAGGAAAACCUAUGUGAAAAUGGUGUUCAUUGACUACAGCUCAGCGUUCAACACCAUUGUCCCCUCCAAGCUCGUCAACAAGCUUAGGACCUGGGACUGAACACCUCCCUCUGCAACUUGAUCUUGGACUUCCUGACAGGCAGACCCCAGGUGGUGAGGGUAGGCAACAUCACCUCCGCCACGCUGACAGGGGUGUGUGCUUAGUCCCCUCCUGUACUCCCUGUUCACCCACGAUUGCGUGGCCACGCACGACUUGUCAUCAAAAUUGCUGACGACAACUUGUUAAGCACAUUUUUACUCCUGAACUUAUUUAGGCUUGCAAUAACAAAGGGGUUGAAAACUUCUUAACUCAAGACAUUCCAGCUUUUAAUUUUUAAUUCAUUAGUAAAAAUAUGUAAAAACAUAAUUCCACUUUGACAUUAUGGGGUAUUCUGUGUAGGCCAGUGACACAAUCUCAAUUUAAUCCUUUUAAAAUUCAGGCUGUAACCCUGUAGGCACUGUAUAUAUCUACCUCUAUCACUCUAUCAGAAUCCCUGCACAUUGUAAAUAUGGUAUUGGAACUGACCGUAUGGAUGGAUGGAUGGAUGGAUGGAUUCCGUGAGGUCUACCCCGGGGGUUGGUGAUAGAGGGGAGGUAUGUGCCGCGAUGUUGGCUCCAUCUGCUGGGAGUACACGGACUGGGCACCCCGACGCUGAUGGGCCAAGUAGAGGUAAUUAGGGGAGAGUGCCAGCCAGCCGUGCAGGCCACAUAAAGGGAGCACCGUGGCACACUGCGAAGAGGACAAAGAGAGAGGCAAGGAGUGAGCGUACGAAGGGGAACGAAGCUCCCGGAGGCACGGAGCCAAGUAUAAGAAAAUGUACAGAGCCAACCCUGAAUUAUUUUGUUGUUAUCUUUAUUUUCGUUGCCUAGUAAAGUUGUGUUUUUCUGACUAGAACCUCCCUGUCUAUGUGUCCAUCUCUGCACGCUCAACCCAACACCCCACGGUUUACCACAAUAUAUAUAUAUAUAUAUAUAUAUAUAUAUAUAUAUAUAUAUAUAUAUAUAUAUAUAUAUAUAUACUGCUCAAAAAAAUAAAGGGAGCACUAAAAUAACACAUCCUAGAUCUGAAUGAAUGAAAUAAUCUUAUUAAAUACUUUUUUCUUUACAUAGUUGAAUGUGCUGACAACAAAACCACACACAAAUUAUCAAUGGAAAUCAAAUUUAUCAACCCAUGGAGGUCUGGAUUUGGAGUCACCCUCAAAAUUAAAGUGGAAAACCACACUACAGGCUGAUCCAACUUUGAUGUAAUGUCCUUAAAACAAGUCAAAAUGAGGCUCAGUAGUGUGUGUGGCCUCCACGUGCCUGUAUGACCACCCUACAACGCCUGGGCAUGCUUCUGAUGAGGUGGCGGAUGGUCUCCUGAGGGAUCUCCUCCCAGACCUGGACUAAAGCAUCCGCCAACUCCUGGACAGUCUGUGGUGCAACGUGGCGUUGGUGGAUGGAGCGAGACAUGAUGUCCCAGAUGUGCUCAAUUGGAUACAGGUCUGGGGAACGGGCGGGCCAGUCCAUAGCAUCAAUGCCUUCCUCUUGCAGGAACGGCUGACACACUCCAGCCACAUGAGGUCUAGCAUUGUCUUGCAUUAGGAGGAACCCAGGGCCAACCGCACCAGCAUAUGGUCUCACAAGGGGUCUGAGGAUCUCAUCUCGGUACCUAAUGGCAGUCAGGCUACCUCUGGCGAGCACAUGGAGGGCUGUGCGGCCCCCCAAAGAAAUGCCACCCCACACCAUGACUGACCCACCGCCAAACCGGUCAUGCUGGAGGAUGUUGCAGGCAGCAGAACGUUCACCACGGCGUCUCCAGACUCUGUCACGUCUGUCACAUGUGCUCAGUGUGAACCUGCUUUCAUCUGUGAAGAGCACAGGGCGCCAGUGGCGAAUUUGCCAAUCUUGGUGUUCUCUGGCAAAUGCCAAACGUCCUGCACGGUGUUGGGCUGUAAGCACAACCCCCCACCUGUGGACGUCGGGCCCUCAUACCACCCUCAUGGAGUCUGUUUCUGACCGUUUGAGCAGACACAUGCACAUUUGUGGCCUGCUGGAGGUCAUUUUGCAGGGCUCUGGCAGUGCUCCUCCUGCUCCUCCUUGCACAAAGGCGGAGGUAGCAGUCCUGCUGCUGGGUUGUUGCCCUCCUACGGCCUCCUCCACGUCUCCUGAUGUACUGGCCUGUCUCCUGGUAGCGCCUCCAUGCUCUGGACACUACGCUGACAGACACAGCAAACCUUCUUGCCACAGCUCGCAUUGAUGUGCCAUCCUGGAUGAGCUACACUACCUGAGCCACUUGUGUGGGUUGUAGACUCCGUCUCAUGCUACCACUAGAGUGAAAGCACCGCCAGCAUUCAAAAGUGACCAAAACAUCAGCCAGGAAGCAUAGGAACUGAGAAGUGGUCUGUGGUCACCACCUGCAAAACCAGUCCUUUAUUGGGGGUGUCUUGCUAAUUGCCUAUAAUUUCCACCUGUUGUCUAUUCCAUUUGCACAACAGCAUGUGACAUUUAUUGUCAAUCAGUGUUGCUUCCUAAGUGGACAGUUUGAUUUCACAGAAGUGUGAUUGACUUGGAGUUACAUUGUGUUGUUUAAGUGUUCCCUUUAUUUUUUGAGCAGUGUAUAUAAUAUAUAUAUAUAUAUACUACUGUUAAAAAGUUUGGGGUCACUUAGAAAUGUCCUUGUUUUCCAUGAAAACAUACAUGAAAUGACUUUGAAUAGGAAAUAUAGCAAAAUGCAUAGGAAAUGUAGUCAUAGACUGGUGUUUUGCAGGUACUAUUUAAUGAAGCUGCCAGUAGAGUACCUGUGAGGCGUAUGUUUCUCAAACUAGACACACUAAUGUAUUUGUUCUCUUGCUCAGUUGUGCACCGGGGCCUCCCACUCCUCUUUUCUAUUCUGGUUAGAGACAGUUUGCGCUGUUCUGUGAAGGGAAUAGUACACAACGUUGUACAAGAUCUUCAGUUUCUUGGCAAUUUUUCACAUGGAAUAGCCUUCAUUUCUCAGAACAAGAAUAGACUGACGAGUUUCAGAAGAAAGUUCUAUGUUUCUGGCCAUUUGGAUUCUGUAAUCGAACCCACAAUUGCUGAUGCUCCAGAUACUCAACUAGUCUCAAGAAGGCCAGUUUUAUUGCUUGUUCAAUCAGCACAACAGUUUUCAACUGUGCUAACAUAAUUGCAAAAGGGUUUUCUAAUUAUCAGUUAGCCUUUUAAAAUGAUAAACGUGGAUUAGCAAACACAACGUGCCAUUGGAACACAGGACUGAUGGUUGCUGAUAAUGAGCCUCUGUACGCCUAUGUAGAUAUUCCAUUAAAAAAUCAGCAGUUUCCAGCUACAAUAACCAUUUACAACAUUAACAAUGUCUACGCUGUAUUUCUGAUCAAUUUGCUGUCAUUUUAAUGGACAUAAAUUGCUUUUCUUUCGAAAACAAGGACAUUUCAAAGUGACCCCAAACUUUUGAUAUACACAGUGCAUUCGGAAGGUAUUCAGGCCCCUUCCCUUUUUCCACAUUUUGUUACGUUACAGCCUUAUUCUAAAAUUGAUUAAAUGAAAAAAUAUCCUUGAGCUGUUUCUACAACUUGAUUGGAGUCCACCUGGGGUAAAUUCAAUUCAUUGGACAUAAUUUGGAAAGGCACACCCCUGUCUAUAUAAGGUCCCACAGUUGACAGUUCAUGUCAGAGCAAAAACCAAGCCAGGAGGUCGAAGGAAUUGUCCGUAGAGCUCCGAGACAGGAUUGUAUCGAGGCACAGAUCUGGGGAAGGGUACCAUAAAAUGUCUGCAGCAUUGAAGGUCCCCAAGAACACAGUUGCCUCCAUCAUUCUUAAAUGGAAGAAGUUUGUAACCACCAAGACUCAUCCUAGAGCUGGCCGCCCGGCCAAACUGAGCAAUCGGGGGAGAAAGGCCUUGCUCAGGGAGGUGACCAAGAACACAAUGGUCACUCUGACAAAGCUCCAGAGUUCCUCUGUGGAGAUGGUUGUCCUUCUGGAAGGUUCUCCCAUCUUUGCAGCACUCCAACAAUCAGUCCUUUAUGGUAGAGUGGCCAGACGAAAGCCACUCCUCAGUUUGGAGUUUGCCAAAAGGCACCUAAAGGACUCAGACCAUGAGAAACAAGAUUCUCUAGUCUGAUAAAACCAAGAUUGAACUCUUUGGCCUGAAUGCAAAGCGUCACGUCUGGAGGAAACCUGGCACCAGCCCUACAGUGAAGCAUGGUGGUGGCAGCAUCAUGCUGUGGGGAUGUAUUUCAGAGGCAGGGAGUGGGACACUAAUCAGGAUCGAGGGAAAGAUGAACAGAGCAAAGUACAGAGAGAUCCUUGAAAACCUGCUCAGGAACCCAGACUGGGGUGAAGGUUCACCUUCCAACAGGACAACAACCCUAAGCACACAGCCAAGACAACGUAGGAGUGGCUUCGGGACAAGUCUCUAAAUGUCCUUGAGUGGCCCAGCCAGAGCCCGGACUUGAACCCGAUCUAACAUCCCUGGAGAGACCAGACAAUAGCUGUAAAGCGACGCUCCCCAUCCAACCUGACAAAGCUUGAGAGGAUCUGUAGAGAAGAAUGGGAGAAACUCCACAAAUACAGGUGUACCAAGCUUGUAGCGUCAUACCCAAGAAGACUCCAGGCUGUAAUCACUGCCAAAGGUGCUUCAACAAAGUAAUGAGUAAAGGGUUCAAAACCUUAUGUAAAUGUGACAUUUCAGUAUAAACCUGUUUUUUGCUUUGUCAUUAUGGGGUAUUGUAUGUAGAUUGAUGAGAAAAAACAAGGCUGUAACGUAACAAAAUGUGAAAAAAGUCAAGGGGUCUACAUACUUUCCAAAUGCAUUGUAUGUAUGUAUGUAUGUAUGUAUAUAUGUACAGUGGGGAGAACAAGUAUUUGAUACACUGCCGAUUUUGCAGGUUUUCCUACUUACAAAGCAUGUAGAGGUCUGUACUUUUUAUCAUAGGUACACUUCAACUGUGAGAGACGGAAUCUAAAACAAAAAUCCAGAAAAUCACAUUGUAUGAUUUUUAAGUAAUUAAUUUGCAUUUUAUUGCAUGACAUAAGUAUUUGAUCACCUACCAACCAGUAAGAAAUCCGGCUCUCACAGACCUGUUAGUUUUUCUUUAAGAAGCCCUCCUGCUCUCCACCCAUAACCUGUAUUAACUGCACCUGUUUGAACUCGUUACCUGUAUAAAAGACACCUGUCCACACACUCAAUCAAACAGACUCCAACCUCUCCACAAUGGCCAAGACCAGAGCGCUGUGUAAGGACAUCAGGGUUAAAAUUGUAGACAUGCACAAGGCUGGGAUGGGCUACAGGACAAUAGGCAAGCAGCUUGGUGAGAAGGCAACAACUGUUGGCGCAAUUAUUAGAAAAUGGAAGAAGUUCAAGAUGACGGUCAAUCACCCUCGGUCUGGGGCUCCAUGCAAGAUCUCACCUCGUGGGGCAUCAAUGAUCAUGAGGAAGGUGAGGGAUCAGCCCAGAACUACACGGCAGGACCUGGUCAAUGACCUGAAGAGAGCUGGGACCACAGUCUCAAAGAAAACCAUUAGUAACACACUACGCCGUCAUGGAUUAAAAUCCUGCAGCGCACGCAAGGUCCCCCUGCUCAAGCCAGCGCAUGUCCAGGCCCGUCUGAAGUUUGCCAAUGACCAUCUGGAUGAUCCAGAGGAGGAAUGGGAGAAGGUCAUGUGGUCUGAUGAGACAAAAAUAGAGCUUUUUGGUCUAAACUCCACUCGCCGUGUUUGGAGGAAGAAGAAGGAUGAGUACAACCCCAAGAACACCAUCCCAACUGUGAAGCAUGGAGGUGGAAACAUCAUUCUUUGGGGAUGCUUUUCUGCAAAGGGGACAGGACGACUGCACCGUAUUGAGGGGAGGAUGGAUGGGGCCAUGUAUCGCGAGAUCUUGGCCAACAACCUCCUUCCCUCAGUAAGACCAUUGAAGAUGGGUCGUGGCUGGGUCUUCCAGCAUGACAACGACCCGAAACACACAGCCAGGGCAACUGGGAGUGGCUCCGUAAGAAGCAUCUCAAGGUCCUAGAGUGGCCUAGCCAGUCUCCAGACCUGAACCCAAUAGAAAAUCUUUGGAGGGAGCUGAAAGUCCGUAUUGCCCAGCGACAGCCCCGAAACCUGAAGGAUCUGGAGAAGGUCUGUAUGGAGGAGUGGGCCAAAAUCUCUGCUGCAGUGUGUGAAAACCUGGUCAAGACCUACAGGAAACGUAUGAUCUCUGUAAUUGCAAACAAAGGUUUCUGUACCAAAUAUUAAGUUCUGCUUUUCUGAUGUAUCAAAUACUUAUGUCAUGCAAUAAAAUGCAAAUUAAUUCCUUAAAAAUCAUACAAUGUGAUUUUCUGGAUUUUUAGAUUCCGUCUCUCACAGUUGAAGUGUACCUAUGAUAAAAAUUACAGACCUCUACAUGCUUUGUAAGUAGGAAAACCUGCAAAAUCGGCAGUGUAUCAAAUACUUGUUCUCCCCACUGUAUAUAUAUAUAUAUAUAAUAAUAAUAAUAAUAAUAAUAAUAAUAAUAAUAAUAAGCAACGAACACAAUUGCAUUUUAUUGAUGGCAAUUUGAAUGCACAGAGCUACCGUGACGAGAUACUGAGGUCCAUUGUGGUGCCAUUCAUCCGCCGCCAUCACCAGCAUGAUAAUGCACAGCCCCAUGUCGUGCAUAUCGAUCCAGAGCAUCCCAAACAUGCUCAAUGGGUGACAUGUCUGUGUAUGCAGGCGACCUGUGUAAUGAUCAUGCUGUUUAAUCAGUUUCUUGAUAUGCCGCACCUGUUAGGUGGAUGGAUUAUCUUGGCAAAGGAGAAAUGCUAACAGGGAUGUAAACAAAUUUGUACACAACAUUUUAGAGAAAUACGUUUUUUGUGCGUAUGGACAAUUUCUGGGAUCUUUUAUUUCAACUCAUGAAACAUGGGACCAACACUUUACAUGUUGCGUUUUAUGUUUUUGUUCAGUGUAUAUACUGUAUUAUGUCUCUUCUAAACUGUAUAUUCUCCCCAGGUGAUGAGGUUCAGGUCAGAGACAGUAGCAGCCUUCAUCGCUGUGGUGGGCAUCCUCGCCAUCGUGGCUCAGGUUGGUGACCUUUGACACUUGUUGUACAGUUUUCUUUGACUUAGGUUGUGAUGUCUUUUCGGAAGUCAGAGAGUUGACAUAUCUGUAAUAAAUAAAUAAUUGAUUGAUUGAUUACCUGCUGUGUUCUCUGUGUCAGACGGUGGUUCUCGGGAUCAUGAUGCGCUCCAUAGUGAAUAAGAACAUCAUCCUACUGGGCCUGGGCUUCCAGAUACUACAGCUGGCCUGGUACGGCUUCGGAUCACAACCAUGGUCAGUACCAACUACCUUUUAAUGUACUGUCCCUAUCACUAACCUUGACCCAGGCCUCACCCUUACCCUAACAUACUGGUCACAAUAACAGUGAGCAGACAUUGCUUUCUUUUCUUCUAAUCAACUCUAAAUUAAAUGGGAAUACAAUUUCCAUGAGUUGACAAAGUAUAUCGUCGCAUUAAACAGCGCUAUCCUGUCAGGCCCUUAGAGGGCAGCAAAACACCAACAACAAUACAGUUCACUGACCAGAGCAAUGUAUCUAGUUUAUACCAAUGAUCCACAGCACUGAACAGGUCACACUGCGAGGAUCCUUUAUCAUGGGGUCAGCAGAGGACAGUUAAUUUAUAAUAUGCCAUUUAGCAGACGCUUUUAUCCAAAGCGACUUACAGUCAUGCGUGCAUAAUUUUUUUGGUGUAUGGGUGGUCCCGGGGAUCGAACCCACUACCUUGGCGUUACAAGCGCCGUGCUCUACCAGCUGAGCUACAGAGGACUUUAUUGUUCAGGCUUUAACACUAAUGUACUGUUAGUGGUUUGACCCAGGGGACUGAGAGGACAGGGGAGAGAAAGUAGUCCUGAUGCACUGUAUGUUGUCUUAUGACGGUUACUGUUGUUAGUGUUGACUCUGAUAGAUGCAUUGAAGAGAGGUUGAAUACAGGCCAGAUUAGUCCUGUCUCUGUGAUAUCGGUCUGUGAGGAGGAUUUCCGUGUUUCCGCCUCCUGACUAUAUGACCUUUCAGUGUACUGUGUGUGUACACUCUGAUCUGUUGCCUGCUGCUUCCUCUCUGGAGUUGGAAAAUGCUUUGUUAAAGAAUUACCUCAAAUCAAAAUCUAGCAUCACCUUCUCAGCUAUUAGUGCCAUCGUGUCUCGCAACACAGACCCAGUACAGCAGGGUUAGCUACUACUACCACACACCAAUAUAAGAAUAUUCCCUAAUCAGAAAUUGACCCCCUCUUUUUCAGAUCUGAAAUUGUAGUCUAGAUAAUGUAGAAUGCUUAGUCUAGGCUACUUGCUCUAAAGAUUUCAACCCACAAUGGUGAGCUUAUAAAUGAUUUCUGAAGCAUUUAUGUAGUCGUUAUGAAGGCGUUAUAAAUGUCCUAUAAAGCCUUUGGGUCUAUUGCAACCAUCGAUGGCCACCAGAUUAUCGCCAGCAGAUCUCUCAUUAAACCGUCAAUAUGAGCUAAAUUCACCCGCACAGCUUAUCUCAAUUGCGAUCCUUAUUGGUCACCUCAUUACCGCUCUCUGUUACCUUAGUCCUGCUUGCUACUGUACCAAGUCUUUCAAAGCAUGUUCGCCCUCUGGUGGGUUUUAUCAUCGGAACAACUUAAUCCUACUUAUUGAGCAGACUAAGGGCGAUUUAUCUAUUUGAUAAUCAUUCCAUAUAACUGAACUAAAGUAGGCCGAUAUCCUGGUUUAAUGUGGCAAUUUACCCGACACGUUGUAUGAAUGGAAAACUAAUGUUGAUCUAGCCUACUGUUAUUAUUUUAUUUGUUUCCAAUUUAUAUAAUCCAUUAAAUACACCUGUCUUUAAAAUACAAUUGUCUGGUAUAUCCCUUGACUGUCCAUAUUUGAAAUGUGUAAAUACAUCAAGUCAAUCGUGAUUAAGUUAAACCUAUAUAAUCUAUAUUUUUUUAUGAAAUGAAAUGUAGGCAACAUUUUUUAAAGUCAUUCUAUGGUUUCAUCUUCUGUCUGUUGCACGUGGAGCUGACUGAUCUGGACGCAGUAGACAGCCCUGGGAAAGAACCCAAACCCAACAUGGCCAACCACACGGACGAGGUGAGACCAGUGACGACAGGACUAAGAUAGAUAACUGUCUUUUGAGAGAGACACACACACACAUACACAACCCUGAUUCACACAAUAGGACCAAGCCAAGUUGAGCGGUACUGGGCUGGCCUGGUUAUCUAUCCAUCAUAGAUGCUGGAUGCUAGAAAGGAUCAUGUCAAAAUAAAGUUUCUGAGCCAGUACAGAUCAGGUCAGCCCUGUAGUGUGGAUAAGGCAACACACUCACACAUUUACUAACAAUCACAUAUGUAUUCUCUCUCUCCCUCCACAGAGUUCCAUCAUCCCCGGCCCUCCCUUCCUGUUUGGGGCGUGCUCCGUACUACUCUCCCUGUUAGUAGCCUGGGGGUCUGACCGGGAGGCUACAAGAAACACAGCAACGUAGCCCAGAGCCACUCCCACAGCCCUCCCAGUAGCGGGGCAGAGGGCAAGGAGCCACUACUGGACGACAGAUAA